CACAAAUAUAUCAAACUAAACUGGAUAUUGAUUUGAAGUUCUCGAUAAGUUAACCAAAUCAGCAAAUCCAACUUGUUUCAAACAUGAAUUUGUCCAAUUUAGUAAAAACAGGUUUGGUACUUACGCAAUGUGCACGUACUGAUAAAUGAAGCCACCCAGCAAUGCACGACUAGAAGUACUGUACUGUGAUCUAAGAAUUUACCAAAAAUAAAAUGGUUUUUAAAAGUGUAAUCGAUUGGUCAAUUUUGAUGAUGUACUUUGUUGGAUAUACUAUAUUGAGUCAACCUUGACCAAAACAUGAUGAAACCCAAUUUGGUCAAAUCCCUCUCCCGCCAUCACAAACUGACACUGUUCUCUUUCCAUACCAAUACCAAUGCCCACAACAUUGGAAAGUUCCACACUUUCAACCAUUUACCCUCUGCAACCCCUACCCACGCCAACGUUGUCAAAUCUGGUUUAUCAAAUGACACUUUUACCACCAACAAUCUCAUUAAUUCCUAUCUCAAACUCCUUAAAAUCGACCAUGCACACAAACUGUUCGACGAAAUGUCUCACCCAAAUGUUGUCUCUUGGUCUUUGCUUAUGGCUGGUUAUGUCAGACAGGGUCAACCCAAUAUUGCACUUUGCCUCUUCCAUCAAAUGCAAGGAACAUUGGUUAUGCCGAAUGAAUUCACUUUUUCCACUCUCAUCAAUGCGUGUUCUAUUCUUGCCAAUCUUGAGACUGGUAGAAGAAUUCAUGCUCUUGUUGAGGUUUUUGGUUAUCGUUCUGAUCUUGUUGUGUGUUCUUCCCUAAUUGAUAUGUAUGGGAAAUGUAAUCGUGUUGAUGAGGCGCAGAUGAUUUUUGACUUCAUGUGGGUAAGAAAUGUGGUUUCUUGGACUUCCAUGAUCACUACGUAUUCUCAAAAUGGACAAGGGCACCUUGCUCUACAAUUGUUCAGGGAAUUCAAUCAUAUCAGGAUGAAUAAACCGAAUCAUUUCAUGUUAUGCAGCGCAGUCACUGCUUGUGCAAGUUUAGGGAGGCUGGGUUCGGGGAAGAUCACUCAUGGGGUGGUCAUCCGCCUUGGACACGAUGCAAGUGAUGUGGUUGCUAGUGCACUUGUGGAUAUGUAUGCUAAAUGUGGUUGUGUUACCUAUUCUGACAAAGUCUUUAGGAGAAUAGUCAAUCCUUCGGUGGUUCCCUAUACUUCGAUGAUUGUUGGUGCUGCAAAAUAUGGACUUGGAACAUUGUCUCUAAGACUAUUUCAGGAAAUGGUUGAUAGAAGAAUAAAACCAAAUAGCAUCACUUUUGUUGGGGUCUUACAUGCUUGCAGCCAUUCAGGGCUUAUAGAUAAAGGGCUUGAGCUUUUUAACUCCAUGAAUGAGAAAUAUGGGGUGAUGCCAGAUGCAAGACAUUAUACGUGUAUUGUAGAUAUGCUCGGUCGCGUAGGGCGUAUAGAUGAGGCAUAUCAGCUAGCACAAUCAGUUCAAGUUGGAAGUGAGGAUGAUGCUUUGUUGUGGGGGACACUUCUUUCAGCUAGUAGGCUUCAUGGUAGAGUAGACAUUGCCAUUGAAGCUAGCAAUCGGGUAAUAGAAUCAAACCAACAAGUGGCAGCUGCAUAUGUUACAUUGUCCAACACUUAUGCAUUGGCAGGGGAUUGGGAAAAUGCUCAUAACCUACGAUCUGAAAUGAAGCGUACCGGAGUUUAUAAGGAACCCGGAAGCAGUUGGAUUGAGAUAAAGGAUUCAACAUAUUUGUUCCAUGCUGGAGACUUAUCUAAGUGUAGUCAAAAGAGGGAGCUACUAAGCUUGCUAAGGGAAUUGGAAGGGAGAAUGAAAGAGCGGGGGCAUGUGGGAGUGACUACCGGGUUGGUGUUUGUUGAUGUUGAAGAGGAAGCCAAAGAGGAAAUUGUGAGUUUACACAGUGAGAAACUUGCAUUGGCAUUUGGGUUAUUAAACACACCUAAAGGAAUCACCAUCAUAAUAAUGAAGAACUUGAGAAUGUGCAGGGAUUGCCAUGAAGCCUUUAAGCUUAUUAGUGAUAUUGUAGAGAGAGAAUUUGUUGUGAGAGAUGUGAACAGAUUUCAUCAUUUCAAAAAUGGAUCAUGCACGUGCGGAGAUUUUUGGUAACCAUCUGUCUACAUCUGAUGCAAAAUUUCAUGCAACAGUAAAUUAACAAGAGAUCAAUCCUAUCUCAAUAAAGAAAUGAACAUCAAGUUGGAUCAGAAGUUGGUGAUUAUAAGAUUGUACUCUAAUUGGGAAGGUAACUGUUUCGUUAAGCCAAGCAUUUGAUUUGGAUAGUGAAUUUGGGGAAACAAAAUGAAAUUGCAUGAAUCUUCCAAAUUUAAUUACGGUUUGGUUCAAAUACACAGGUCAUAGUGCUGUCAUAUAGAUUGUAGGUAAUGUUUUACUGUUGUGAUAUUUUAUCGAUGAUUUGUUUGCAAAAUUUUGAAUAAAUUCUUCAAGAUUAUACUUCAUAAUACAACAUUUUCUGUACCCUGUUCAACUAAAAAAAGUUAUAUGAUGAAUAGAAACUUCAUGAAUAUAGCAUAGUUAGAGGGUAGAUAUGCAAUUGAAGUGGUUGUGGAGUAUGGUGAACGGCGAAUAAAGUAUUAUAUCAUAGACAAAGCCUACUUAUUUUC